UUCAAGCUCCAGCUUGCGAGGGAUUUUGUGCAUUUGGCGAUUUUUGGCCUGCAUCUGCGCUGGGAGAAGAUAUUUCCCGUGCGUGAGUUGGUUAUCCGUGGUCCGUCCGAUUGGUGAGGCCUUUUGUAGGCGGAGUGGAGGAAGAUAAGGGUGAAUUUAGAUUUUUUGUGACGACUUGGUGGGAAAAGGAUAUGCUAGUGAUAAUUGGUGCACAAUAGCAGGAAAUUUGUUAAAAGUGUUUCCCAGAAGGAUAGUUGCUAUUCUGGAUUGUGCUGAGUCCUCCGAGAAGGUCUUACGAGAAAGUGAAAAUUUUACUAUAAGUUAAAGGAGUAAAACCUUUACGGUGAUAAAACAAGUGUUGCUCGUGAUCUUCGGUGUACAGCCCGAGUGAUAAAUCAUCCCAUUCAAUUCUGUGAAUAGUGCUUCCCAGUGCCAACCAUCAUGGGACGUUUGAUCCUACUCGUGAGCUUCCUGAUAACAGGUGUGCUAUCGCAAGGAUUCCUACAGCCGCCACCUUUUAGACCGCCACAAUCAAAACUACAACGACGGCAGCUUACCCAGCAUCAACAAUCACACAUCCUUAGCGACAUCCAGCAGCACCAACAUCGGUUCAACCUGCAUCAGAAUCAACGGCCCCAGAACGUAGUCAUCCAACCAUCGAUUCAGUUGCCAAUCGGUCAGCAACCGAUCAAUCAGCGGCCAUUUUCCAACGUUAACAACAACCUCUUCCAAGCGAACCCACCACCGUUCAACAGUAAACAAUUGUCCCCACAAGUGCCACCCAACAAUUUCAGACCACCACAAUCAAGCAGACAACAACACAACGGCUUCGGAGCACAACAAGAAACACGACACCCACCACCACAACUACCACAAUCAUCUCCACAACAACUCAGACCCGUUUCGAAUACGUUUCAACAGCCCCAACAGCAAUUCUUCAACGGGCCACCAUCCAACAAUCAGCCCUUCGGAAACAAUGCUUUCAAUACAGAUGGCCCAGCAUUCACUGCAUCUCGCCUACCCGAGAUACGUCCUUUGAAUCCUUCUGCACAAAGUCCCUUCCUGCAACCCCCAUCAUUCCCCGCACAACAAACUUCCGCCUCACAGAUACGUUUCCCCACGAAUGUUCAAGCUCCCCAAGCACAAGCCCUCUUCCAAGCUCCCUCUCAACAAUUAUUCCCAUCAAACCAACAAACCUCCCAUUUUAACCAACCCAUUGUACAGCAACCUUUCGAUAGCAACAACAUCCGCUCCGAAGUUGUCCCCUUAGCCCAACAGCCACUACAGACAUCGAACUUUAAUCUAUUUGCCGCACAACAAAACCAACCACAAUUCAACAGCUUCCCACCAGUGCAAAAUGUGCCAGUAUUCGCUCCAACACAAGUUCUCAACUCCCAGCCAGGAGUAUUCCCACAAAUACCGCCUGCUGCUAUUCAGCUAAAUCAACAACCGUUCCCAGCGUCCAACCAACAACAGCCACACCAACAGCUGACAUUCCAGCAACAGCAGGAACUCGAAAACCGACUCAAAGAAGAGAGCGUGCGAAUUCGAGAACUCCAAGAACGACAAAAAAUAAUUCAGAAACACGAACAAUUCCUCCAGAAACAGUACCAGAAACAGCAAGCGAAAGUUCAACAUCUUCACCAAGAAUUCGUUAAAAAGCAACAGAAAGCACUGCAGCAGCAGCAAGAUUAUGAAACCAUAAGAAAAACUCCCGUCGCUGGCAGUCAAAUCCUUUCAUCCGAUCAAACCGUUUACGACAAAGCUACGAAAGCCUUCCAAAAACUGAAUCCCACCACCGCUGCAACGAAUCAGUUACCAACGACGACCGAACGAAACCUUUCGGUGCUUCCACUGAAGACGAAUAGCAAGAAGGACUACAGUACAAUUUCUAAAACCGAUCUGGAUGCUCUGUUACAAUCGAAUCGCCAGAACCUCUUCCAAACCGGAAAGACCGAAACGGUUAAACCAACUAAACCACGUCAAAUUAAGGUAAAGUCCACGAAAGCGCUUGGACGUGACGAACUGCUGAAGCAACUGAAGGCUGCUCUUGCUGAACAGGGUCAUCACGAUCUCGGAAGCAAGAACUUCAGCAGUACGGAUAUCGUACUGCCGAACGGGGAAAAGGUACAGGUCAUCCGAACCUCUGAUCCAGAUAUCAUCAAACGUGCCAACGUAAACUCGGAAGCUGUUCUAACGCAACAGGUUGAUUCACCAACCACUGCCAAACCGCUGUCUUUUGAUGAUAUCGCAAAAAGUGGAAUUAUUCCUCCCGGAGCCGACUUUGAACUGAUCAAGCAAAGUGAUGAUGGUCAAAUUGAGGAAGUAGCCAAAAUUCCACCCCAGAAAAAGGUCACUUUUGUUUAUCUAGAGGAGCAAGAUGAUGGUUCCUACAAGGUACAAGGUGUCAAGGGCAGCAGUGAUAAGGAGACUAAAACAUCUGGAGCUGACGUGGACAGUAUUUUGAAGAGGAUCAAGAAUGGCGAAAUCCAGCUACCUCCUCCUUCGAACAAAGGUCUUAAGGUUCCAAUCAUUGUUGAAAAACCAACAACGUCAACCACACCAAGAAUAGUUCCAAUGCAGAAAACUAGCUCAGUAACAAUUAUUCCUCAUAGCACUCCUCUCGAAAGCCAUCAUACUUCAAAUUUCGUAGCAGAUCGCACUAUUCCACGCACUGUUUCGUCUCCUGCCUCGACAACCUAUGUCUCAACUGUAUCUCCAUCUAGUCCAAGCUCUGUCACCGCAUACUCGCCCAGCACCUAUUCAGGCAGUACAAUUCAUCAGUCCUCACCCAUAGUUUCCACCCAAUCCACAAUCCCAAAUUACUAUCACAACGACAAUACCAUCCACUAUAAUGGAGUAAGCUCAACGUAUGCCACCAGUAGUCCUGCUCCAACCGCUGCUCCCAUCCCAGUGUCCACGACCGUUCACUAUGGUUCGACCCGAUCCGAAAAUUAUAUUUCAUCCUCAACAAUAGCACAGCAGACGGCCAGUUCCAACGUGUAUCAACAGCAAUCCAACGGAAAAUUCGAUGUAGUGAUUCCGACCGUUCCCACAGCGGAGUCAACCGUGACCACGCAGAAUGUCUACCAGCAAAAAUCUGAGCAGUCGCUACCACUGGUUCAACAACAGCUGCAACAGCAUCCACAACCGCAGUCGCAACAACCAGCCCAAACAACGACAACGCUAACGAACGAACUGCCAGUAAUUCUCAGGAAAAACGGACUAUUUGCGAUGGCCAAAUACCUCCGACAGUCUGGCUUAGAUACGAUACUCAACGAAACCGGUCCGUACACGAUAUUCGUUCCGACGGAUAAGGCGUUCCGCAGUCUCCUAGUGCAACUGGGAGGACCGGAGAAAGCCGAGGAAAAGUUUAAGAACAAUCCGCGACUGCUCAGUGGGCUUCUGCUACAUCACGUUAUCCCAGGAUCGUUCGAGAUCGGAACACUACAGGACGAAAUGACCGGUGUUUCGCUGGCCGGAACACAGCUGCGGGUAAAUCAGUACAACAUGCAUGACUCGGAGUGGAACGAUGUCAAGGUAACGACAAUCAACGGUGCCAUGAUCGUACCCGACAAGCAAGACAUUGUAAUUCCUCAAGGCAUUGCUCAUGCCGUAGAUCGAGUGAUGUUCCCCCUGCCAGUCGGUGACAUCCUGCAGACACUUCAGUCCGACCGAGAACGAAGGUUCACCCACUUCCUACGGGCAUUGUAUGCAUCGGGAAUGUCCGAUACACUACAGAACAAAGGUAUCAAAACGUAUACAGUAUUCGCCCCGACCGAUGCUGCCUUUGCCAACUUCUCGACGGACGAGCUGAACAAACUAGUCACAGACAAGGAGCCAGCCGAGGAGCUGGUCAAGAAACAUGUGAUUCCAGGAACAUUAUUCACCGCCGGUAUGAGGUUCUACCAAGUUAAGGAUGCCAUGGCCGAGGGUAAAACUGUAACGCUACAAAAGAGUGGAGGAAAAAUUAAAAUUAAUGACGGUUACCUGCAGACGUCCAACAUCCCCACUACGAACGGUGUGAUACACGCUGUCGACUCUCUGCUGUAAAAUUGUGCCUAUUUUCAGUGUCAACGACUCUUUCUUCGAACUAAACGCCACUUCUUCCUCAAUGCUGCAACUGAACUGUUUAAGGAAGAGGUGGUUCUCGACAAAUACAAGCCACCUAAUUUUCCGUCUACUAGCGUGAAAAUUAUUUGUGAACGAACAAACACGCACUGGUCUAUCCAUUUUGUUUCGAGAUACUAUUUAUUAACUGCGAAUCAAAUUCGAAUUUCUACGAUAUUUUUUUCAAACAGGAACUGACUGGAAACCAGCUUAAAAAGUACAAGAGCUACGGUCAGUUUCUCAUUACAGAUGGUAAUUGAGUGUAACUUUUAGGUAACAACAAUGAAACAAACAAAACAAUUGAUAAACUUGUUGAGCGACGUUAGAAUCGUUAAAAACCGUAUUUGUAAGUGACGAUGUUAAUUUAUUGUUAAGUGUAGUUAUUAGCUGCUAAGCAAUUUUAAGGCCAAUCUUGUACA